AUGAUUGUCGCACCAYUUACCCUCACAACGGCAAGUCUCCRUAUUCCAGUGUCCUGGCUCACAGCGAUGAUCCGGCUCAUGGCAUUCCUGCUUGGCCUUGCACUUGCAGUGUCCCCACCGCCAGUUAUCACAGUGUGGGUCAUGAUUGUCGCACCACUUACCCUCACAACGGCAAGUCUCCRUAUUCCAGUGUCCUGGCUCACAGCGAUGAUCCGGCUCAUGGCAUUCCUGCUUGGCCUUGCACUUGCAGUGUCCCCACCGCCAGUUAUCACAGUGUGGGUCAUGAUUGUCGCACCACUUACCCUCACAACGGCAAGUCUCCRUAUUCCAGUGUCCUGGCUCACAGCGAUGAUCCGGCUCAUGGCAUUCCUGCUUGGCCUUGCACUUGCAGUGUCCCCACCGCCARUUAUCACAGUGUGGGUCAUGAUUGUCGCACCAUUUACCCUCACAAUGGCAAGUCUUCAUAUUCCAGUGGCCUGGUUCACAGCGAUGGUCUGGAACGCAACUACGGUGGUUACUGAAAUGAUCCAAUUUCCGGUCACCGUUGUGAGAGACUUUCUCAUAUUGGUUUAA